GGAGUUCCGCAUUUGGUAGUGUCACAGCGACUUUUCGAGAGCACGUCUGAUCAGCUCUCUUGACGGCCCCUUCCAAGGCUGAAGCAACUCCACCGCCGGACGAUGAGCGACUGUGGACUCCUUUUAUUCGUAUGAAAUUUUGCCCUAGUAAUUUUUUCUCCAUUUCGGGCUCAUCCAUUGGCGCGCCACAACGCCCUCAGUCUUGCACCGGCGGUACCUUGCCUGUACAUACACCUGGCACUGCCCAGAAUCACUGCUAACGGACCUUCAGAACUGCUGCAAUCGAACUUUACCUUCAAUCAGGAAUUUUCAAUUUUCGCACUUGUUCCCGCAGCCGUGCAUAAGUGACUGAAUUCUCUUCGGAAGUCCCCGCCCUCCGUCAUUCCGUAGGAACCACUUCUCCAUCUUGUGAGGCAGUAUUCGUGGCAAAAGACUCCGCCGACUGCCUCUGCCAGCACAAACAUGCUUAGGUAAAUUACGGAUCCGUAGCAUCAUAGAAAUGUAGGUUGGCGUCACCAUCAUUGGCUCAGUUCCUUGAGCUUCAGUGCGUUUUCUGGAUGGUCUGAACAAAAACCCAUUUGUCGCUACCGAAACGGAUCCACCAAGAGAAAACGGCAUGUCUACAUGAGAACCAACCGAGUCCGACUUCUGACUUCUGAAUUUUAACAUCAACCUCGUACUAGGGAAGAAAGUGUCUUUUCCGCGACCCUCGCAGCCAUGAGGCCGUGUUCUCCUUCGGGACAGUUCCUUAUCAUGCGGCGUGCUUUCGCGCGACCUGGCUUCCCUCAUUCCCCUUUUCCGCCUUUCCACCUGGCGUGCAUUCCAGUUCAGCCUGGCAAUACUAUUCGCGGGCGGCUACUUCGUCAUACCCCGCGCGUUCUGUCUCGUGGUUUUUCUGAUGGCCAGCUCAUCGGCCACUGUUUGCUUGCGUCUUCUUCGCGGCCCUCAGGGUGUCGCGUAUUUUCUUCUCUUGCCUCUGCGUCUUCGGUAGUUGCGCCAAACCAUCUUGGCGUGUACUACUCAAAGACACACGAGUAUGUUCGACUUACUCUGGACUGUCCACCAACGCAGGAAGAAUCCUGCACCACUUCCGCUGCGAGUCCUGAGGUAGUAGCAAGUGAGACUCCCAAAAGCUCUGAACGCGUCCUGUUUGGUGUCGUCGGCAUCAGUGCAUAUGCUGCUGAAGAGCUAGGGGAAGUUGUCUACGUCGACUUCCCAGAGAGGCUGGCACAAGCGGGCAGCAGAAGCGCCGAGAUGCGGAAAGACGAAAGAGCACGGGCGGGCGAAGAAGAUGCUUCAGUGAAAAAGGGGAGCGCAGUAUGCUCUCUGGAGAGUGUGAAAAGUGUUGCAGAAGUGUACAGUCCUGUUGACGGGCUUGUGGUAGAAGUCAACGAAAAGGUCAGGGAACAGCCUAGCCUCGUCUUUCAAGACCCCGAGGGGCAGGGCUGGCUACUCAAGCUUCGACUCCCUCAAGCAGAAGCUGAAGAAGGAGGCGUUGAAAAAAGCGCAAGCGCACUCGUGGCGAAAGUGACAAAGAGGCUAAUGGAUGAAGAACGAUACGCCACUUUCGUUGAAAGAGAAAAGAACGCAGGUGCUCUUGAAGACUGCGACCAAUAGCUUGACUUAAAAAACAAAGGAACGGUCAUGCAUCGAUCUCGCCUGCGGCUAACAUCUUUGUUUCGCUGUGAAACGCC